UCGCGGUACUGUGCCUGGUGUGGCGGCUGCGCGACCUGAGCCAGGCCCUGCGGGAGGCCGAGGCGGACGGCUACAGCAGGCCAAGUGACUGCAGCCGCUGACCCAGGCCGCCUAUCUGGACGAGGCGCGGCGGAGGCUGGAGGGUCCGGCGCAGCCAGCUGAGGCUUCGCGGGAGGGCUCGGGAACUGAAGGUCCACCGGAAGGAGGAGGCCAAACUAUCGGGCCCGGCAGCGCGUGGCGCGGGGGAUGGAUGCUGCGCCAGGAACGGUCGUCGCGCGCGGUCAGACCGGCUGGACGGGUCCCAGACGCACAGCUCACAGCGCUGGGUAACGUGACGCGGUCACGUGGCGCGCAAUCGGGCUGGCGGCGGCUGACGGAGGCGGAGACUUGGCUGCGACGCGGGGCUGCUGGAGGCCGAGGCGGCGAGGCACCGGGGAGCCGCAGCGGUUGUCACCACGGCAGCCGGUGAGAUGGUUGAAAAAGAAGGUUAUCUUCAAAAAGCUAAAAUUGCAGAUGGAGGAAAGAAACUAAGGAAAAACUGGUCUACUUCCUGGAUUGUUCUUUCUAGUAGAAAAAUUGAAUUUUACAAAGAAUCCAAACAACAGGCUCUGUCCAAUACGAUGCCUGGGAACAGUGUCAGUGAGCGAUAUCUUCAAAACAAAGUUGAGCAACAGCACUGUAGAACAAAAACUGGGCACAAAGCAGAAAGUGUGGAUUUGUAUGGGGCACAUAUAGAAUGGGCCAAGGAAAAAUCAAGCAGAAAGAAUGUCUUUCAGAUGGUUGAAAAAGAAGGUUAUCUUCAAAAAGCUAAAAUUGCAGAUGGAGGAAAGAAACUAAGGAAAAACUGGUCUACUUCCUGGAUUGUUCUUUCUAGUAGAAAAAUUGAAUUUUACAAAGAAUCCAAACAACAGGCUCUGUCCAAUACGAAAACUGGGCACAAAGCAGAAAGUGUGGAUUUGUAUGGGGCACAUAUAGAAUGGGCCAAGGAAAAAUCAAGCAGAAAGAAUGUCUUUCAGGAUCCUGGGCACAGUCCAGACUGACACAGGAAGCCUGGGUGUCAGC